UAACCACCGUCCAACCAUCGUCCAACUAUCAUCCAACCACCAUUCAACCAACCAGGUCCUGGACCUGGAGACUGGUACCAUUGUUGGCUUCAUUGAAUAUUAUAAAAUGUUGCUCUACUGAUUUCUUGCAACAACACAAUGAUAACGACCUGCAUUGUGAGGCGGAACAAUAACAGCGUUCUGUUUCCAGCCUCUGGAGUCGGCCGCAGCCGGAGACAUCUGGAGGAGCAGUCAUAACAGAACCCUGCCUCUCAUUGUUUUCUGCUGCAGAACGGAACCGGCCCGGUUUCUGCUGCUGGACAACACUUCCGUCUUCAGUUUGGCUCCCAAACAGGAUGCCUGCCGAGAGCACCAACAUCUCAGCGGGCUCACAUCAGUUCUCCUUCAGCCAUGACUGGACCGCUGCAGAUCGGUCUCCGUUCUCCCUGAAACUCUCUGCACAGAUCCAGCUUUGUUGCUCUGCACAGCAGCCAUGUUGCUGAUCUUCCUCAUGCCGCUCAUCAGCAGCUUGGAGGGAUUACCAGGAGCCAAACGGGAGAUGCUGUGCACCCCUCAAGCCUGCUUCGUCCUGAACAUGGAGCCCGUUGACUUUCACAAGGCCCAGAACCUCUGCAAGGACGACGGCGGGUACCUGAUGACUCUCAGAGACAGAAAGGAGGAGGAAGAUCUGCGUUCACUUCUCUCGCUGGUUGAAAAACAACAUCCUGACCAGGUUUUAAAGGUCUGGAUCGGAUUGAAGCUGAAGAAAAAGGACUGCGUUAUUCCUGACAAGCCUCUCCGAGGGUUCAAAUGGGUCUCUGGGGACGAAGAUUCCCAGUAUUCCAACUGGGAACAAGAGCCUCUUGUCACAUGCACCUCAGAGAGAUGUGUGCAGGUGGUUUACACCUUCUCAGACCAGGAUCAGCUGAAAUGGACCCAAGGAGUGUGUAGAAAAGAAGCUUCUUAUGCUUGUAAGUUUUACUUCCAGGGGAUGUGUCCCCCUCUGGUUCUGCAGGGGCCUGGAAAGAUCGUCUAUAAGUCAAUUUUUUUAAAACAGCCUCUAAAAACUGAGCUGAAGCUGCUUCCGUACGGGACAAGGGCUGAAGUCUUUUGUGGUGGCCACGAGACGACGUCCUCUCAGUGCAUAAACCUGGACGGCGCCUACGCCUGGAGCCCUCCAGGGCCGUUCUGCAAGCCAGAAACCCAGAACUGUCAGAGGAACAACGGAGGCUGUGCACAGGAGUGCCGGCAGGACAGAGGAGCUGUUCGCUGCUCCUGCAGAGACGGUUGGGAGCUGGAAGAGGACGGGUUCUCCUGCCGCAUGACGGACCUGUGCCGACCCGAUACCUGCGAGCACAGCUGUGUGAUGGAUGAGGCCGGCGUUUCCUGCAGAUGUCCCAGUGGCUUCAGACUGAGUGAAAACCAGCGGAACUGCUCCGACGUGGACGAGUGCCUCUCUCAGGCCUGCGACAGCGGCAGCUGCGUCAACACACCCGGCAGCUACAGGUGUGUGUGCGGGGACGGCUUCCACCUGACGGACGGCGAAUGCACUCAUGUGAAGGACUGUGACGGUUUGGUGUGUGAGCAUGGCUGUGUGAACACUGGGGGAUCCUUCUCCUGCUUCUGCCAGGAGGGUUUCCGUGUGUCCGGAGACGGACUGUCCUGUGUGGACGUGGACGAAUGCGCCGGUGACCCCUGCCCCCGUCUCCUCACAUGCAUCAAUACGGUCGGCAGCUUCAGCUGCUUGAAGCUGGAGACUCAGGAGACCGUGACCUCCUCGUCGUCCCAGCAGGCCGUCACCUCAGCCGCCACCUCAGCCGCCCCGGCAGAGGACAGGAGGACACACAGGACCGCCGUAGAGCUGCAGCACCGGUCCCCCCAUACCGACGCCCCGCUGCCUGAGCUGGUCAACGUCACAGACCAGCUCAGCAACCGGUCCCCGGUGUCGGCUGAGGACGCCUCGGCCAGGAACAGGAUGCUGAUCUGCGUCCUGGGCUCGGUCGUCCCGCUGCUCGCCCUCGUCGCUCUGACUCUCUUCAUCGCCAUCUUCCGCUGCAGUCGCUCCAAAACGGAGGUGAAGAAGAAGAAAAGCACGGCGGACGGCUACUGCUGGGUGUCCUCGGGUCUGGAUCCACGGCUGGAGAAGCUGUAUGAGUCCAUCCUGACAGAUGACCCCUGACCCCAGAGGGAGAGCAGGCACUGCAUUUCAUGUUAAUUUAUGGACAUCUGUAUGGAAAUCAUCAGAAUAUUUUCAUCCAGAUUAAUUUCUAAAUGCUUUCUAGGUAAAGUUUAUUCCAGAUGUAAAAACAAUCCAGUAAAAAUACAGCAGAUUGUUUAGAUUUUAAAUAAAAUAAAAUAAAAUAA